GGUUUUCCAGGAAACACAAACGCGGACAGCGUGGUGCAUUACCGACUGCAGCCUCCCCUCGAAGCCAGGUUCCUGCGCUUCCUCCCCUUAGGCUGGAGCCCCAAGGGCAGGAUCGGGAUGAGGAUAGAAGUGUACGGAUGCACGUACCGAUCCGAGAUGGUUAACUUUGAUGGGAAAAGCUCUUUGCUAUACACGUUUAAUCAGAAAUCUGUGAGUCCAGCAAAAGAUGUUAUUUCUUUGAAAUUUAAAACCAGGCGGACUGACGGGAUUCUACUCCACCGAGAAGGACAAAACGGCAAACACGUCACCCUGAAGUUAGUUAGAGGAAAGCUCAUCUUAUCGCUUAAUUCAGGCCAUGCUAACCUGCCCUCCCCUGACGCCCAUGUGACCCUCACCCUGGGCAGCCUGCUGGACGACGAGCACUGGCAUUCUGUCCUCAUCGAGCUUGGGAACACGCAUGUCCACUUCACUGUGGACAGGCACAGUCAGCAUUUCCAGGCCGAGGGCGAGUGCGACUACUUGGAUCUUGAUUAUAAGAUCAGCUUUGGGGGGAUUCCUGGACAUGGAAAAUCAGUGGCAUUCCCACAUAAAGACUUUCAUGGCUGCUUCGAAAAUCUCUACUAUAAUGGAGUGGAUAUCAUUGAUUUGUCCAAGAAACACACACCACAGAUCCUCGUCACGGGAAAUGUGUCCUUCUCGUGCUCACACCCACAAAUUGUGCCCGUGACUUUUCUGAGCUCCAGGAGUUACUUGGCUCUGCCGGGCACUGUCGGAGAGGACAAGGUGUCGGUCGCUUUCCAAUUCCGAACGUGGAACAGGGCAGGGCUGCUGCUGACCACUCAGUUCCAACACGGGCCAGCGGCUCUCGUCCUCCUUCUUAAUGAUGGAAAACUCAGGCUGAGUCUUUCCCAGCCCGGACAUCCAGCGAGGGACGUCACAGCAGGUGCUGGAUUAAGUGAUGGGCAGUGGCAUUCAGUGUCCCUUUCGUUGAAAGGAAAUCACCUGAGUGUGAUGGUGGAUGGUGAGGCAGCCUCUGUGGUUCACUCCCUGCGAGGGCAGAUUGAUUCAGGGGACACCUAUUAUUUGGGCGGCCCUGUCGGUACCAUGUUUCACUGUAGCAGGUGUUUGCCCAGCUACUGUGAACAUGGGGGCGAAUGCUCCCAGUCCUGGGACACCUUCAGCUGUGACUGUGCACACACUGGAUACACGGGCGCGACCUGCCAUUCCUCUCUGUUCGAGCAGUCCUGUGACGCCCACAGGCACAGAGGGGACUCCUCAGGGUUCUACUAUAUCGAUUCAGACGGAAGUGGCCCGCUGGGACCUGCUCUUGUGUACUGCAACAUGACAGAGGACACCACCUGGACCUCGGUACAGCACAAUGGCUCCCAGCUGGCCAAAGUCAAAAGCUCAAACGGAGAAGGCCCCCAGCCCGUGUUUUUCAAGUACACGGCCAGCCCGGACCAGCUCCAAGCCAUCAUGGACGGUGCGGACGACUGCCGACAGGAGCUGGUCCUGCACUGCAAGAAGUCGAGGCUUUCAGCUGGCCACGAUGGAACCCCAGUGAGCUGGUGGGUUGGAAGAACCAAUGAGACACACACUUACUGGGGAGGUUCUCUGCCUGGUGCUCAAAAAUGUGCUUGUGGAUUCCAGGGGAACUGCCUUGAUUCUCAGUAUCACUGCAACUGUGAUGCCGUCCGGAAUGAAUGGACCAGCGACACAGUAGUCCUUUCCCACAAGGAGCACCUGCCAGUCACUCAGGUUGCGAUGAGAGACACAGGCCGACCACAUUCAGAAGCAGCUUAUGAGCUGGGGCCUCUGCUCUGCUCGGGGGACAGUGGCAUCGGACAGCUUCGGACCUGA